AUGAUUUAUUGUAUUGGGACGACGAAGAAGAGUCUCCCCCUCUGCCUUCUUCAAUAACUGGACUGAAAAAUGGCGGCGUCCCUGUGCCGUGUCGGGAGCACCGUGGGUCGAACCCUCGCCAAAACCCGUAGUCCUAUUCUGCUGUCUCUCAGGCGAGGACAAGCCUCCAUUAGUUAUGCACAGAGCAUCGCAGGAGCCCCUGAAACCCAACUUACUACCCUGGAAAAUGGUUUGAAGGUUGCUUCAGAGGAGACUGGACAUGCCACAUGCACUGUUGGGCUGUGGAUCAGUGCUGGUAGUCGCUAUGAGAGGGAGAAGAACAAUGGAACAGGCUUCUUCCUGGAGCACUUGGCUUUCAAGGGAACAAAGAAAUACCCCCAGACAGCUUUGGAGCAGGAGGUGGAGUCAAUGGGUGCUCACCUGAGCUCCUACACGUCUCGGGAGCACACGGCGUAUUACAUGAAGGCUCUGGCCAAGGACCUGCCCAAAGCCGUGGAGUUGCUGUCAGAGGUGGUGCAGGGCUGCUCACUGAACGAGGCAGAGAUCGAGCAGCAGAGGAAGGUGGUGCUGCGUGAGCUGGAGGAAGCUGAGGGAAACUUGCAGGACGUUUGCCUGGACCUGCUGCACUCCACUGCCUUCCAGGGAACUUCACUGGGACACAGUGUGCUGGGACCCUCUGAAAAUGCCAAGAAUUUGACCCGUCAGGACCUAAUUGAUUACGUCAACAGUCACUACAAGGCCCCUCGCAUGGUGCUGGCUGCUGCUGGAGGUGUGAACCACGACGAGCUGGUCGGUUUGGCCCAGUCUCACUUCAGUGGGGUUUCCUUUGAGUACGAGGACGAUGCUGUCCCUGUGCUGCCACCCUGCAGAUAUACAGGCAGCGAGAUCCGUAUGCGUGAUGAUGCUAUCCCUCUGGCACAUGUUGCCAUCGCUGUGGAGGGGGCGAGUGCUACUAGCCCAGACAUCGUCACUCUCAUGGUGGCCAACUCCAUCAUCGGCAGCUAUGACCUCACCUUCGGCGGUGGACCGCAUCUCAGCAGCCGCCUCGCUCGCAUGGCAGUGGAGCACAACCUGUGUCACAGCUUCCAGGCCUUUCACUCCUCCUACAGCGACACGGGGCUGUUCGGAGUUUACUUUGUCGCUGAUAAAAUGCACAUCGAGGACAUGGUUCACUGGACCCAGAACGCCUGGAUCAACCUGUGCACCACAGUGACGGAGAGCGACGUCGCCAGAGGCAAGAUCGCUCUGAAGGCCAGUCUGGUUGGACAGCUCAACGGAACAACACCAAUUUGUGACGACAUCGGCAGACACAUCCUGAACUACGGCAGACGUAUUCCUCUGGCUGAGUGGGACGCUCGCAUCGAUGCGGUGACCCCCAGGAUGGUGCGCGACGUCUGCUCUAAAUACAUCUACGACAAGUGUCUCGCCGUAGCAGCUGUCGGUCCCAUCGAGCAGGUCCCAGACUACAACAGAAUGCGCAGUGCCAUGUACUGGCUCAGGUUUUAAGACAUCCAGUGGUUUUGCUGUGUGUGUGUGUGUGUGUCCAACAUUUGCCGCUCAUCCUCCUCCCAAAACUUAACUCACUCUCCUCCUGUCGUCACUGUGAGAGUGAACACAUGAGGAUUGUCCACCCUCUGUUCACUCACACAGGUCCUCAUCAGAGGGGGAGGCUGGGGGGGUGAGAGGGAGCGAGAGGGUGGAUUAGAAUUAAAAUCAUCAUCGACACAGUACAGCCCAUAAUGAACACAGCUCGGAGUAUAUUUAUAAUUUGUGUAACAUUUGUUUCUGUCCUCUAUUGUACAUAACAGAAGCUCUCAUUCCAGCAAAAUAAAAGACUGUAAGAAGAGA